AGGCGCCUCUGGUGAUCCACUCAUGGUCGCAGGUCGCUACUGAGCGCGGCAUGGCCUCGUUGGAUUCGCUCUUCAGCCUCUUCAUUUGUUUGCUGUGUGAUGCUUGUGCCUUUCGCGACUAGCAUUCGUGCGCUCCACUGCUCGAUUGAGCGUUUCCUGCCUGCGGCGGGAUUGUUGACACGUGUCAUCAGCGGCGAGGCGUGGGGUCCUCUAAAAGCUAUGUCUGGUCCCAAGCCAAACGUGGUCUUCGUUCUGGGGCCGCCGGGUUCGGGCAAAGGGACGCAGUGCCAGAAACUAGUCGAGAGAUUUGGCUACAAGCACCUGUCAGCAGGAGACCUUCUGCGGGAAGAGAAAGGCACCCCGGGUUCCCAGUUCGGCGAGGUCAUUGACCACCACAUCCGCAAUGGCACUAUCGUGCCUGUGGAGAUAACUUGCCGCUUACUGGAUCGGGCGAUGCAGUCGAGUGGGAAGAGUCACUUCCUAAUUGACGGCUUCCCACGCAACAAAGACAACCUGGACGGCUGGAACCGGGAGAUGUCAGACCGGGUCAACCUGCAGUUUGUGCUUUUUCUCGAGUGCCCAGAGGAGGUCUGUGUGCAGCGAUGUCUCAGCAGAGGCCAGGCAGGCAGUGGCCGCACGGACGACAACAUAGAGAGUCUCCGCAAAAGGUUUAAGACGUACACAAAUGACACGCUUCCUAUUGUGGAAUACUACGACAAGCAGAAUUUGGUCAGGCGGGCCGACACAAGCUGCAAUGACCCCAACGAGGUCUUUGAAGGCGUUGCAAAGCAUUUUGAGCCUUUCGAAUCGACCAAGUGAACAGAAGCAGCUCAUAACUGCACAUGUCCCACUGUCUGCAUAGUUGAGAUUACUACGUGUAUGUGAAAGGAUUACGAGUAUCUUUUAGCCUUUUCUGGACAAAUAUUGUGACAUUCUUGCUGUAAACUGGACUGUGUGGGAGCUCUGCUUCAAUUAAUGGCUUAGCAUGGCAUUUACAGUGUUUUCUGCCUUCCCGAGUCACUCGUUUCUCUCUGUGCGUGCUUAGCACUUCUGUACCCUGCAUUGCGCACUGGACCAAUCACUAUAUGAAGCAUGCUUGUGAAGAUGUUUUUGCAUUGCUGGAGGCAUUCUUUAGGCUUGCCCGGAGUGUACAAAAACUGUGGACUCUUUUAUACAAGAUGAAUUGGCGUAUGUUGUCUGCUGACAAUGUCUUAUUGGUGGCCCAGUCAGGCUAGAGCAUCAGCAAAUGUCAGGUUACGUGUUCUUUUCGUGUACACGACAGCCUUUGAUGCUUCAGUGUGACAGAGAUGCCUACAAUGUGUUUGCGGGCAACAAUGUUUGCCAACUUGUUUCCUGGUGUAACAGGGCCUUCAAAAGUCAGAAGAGCAAAAUAUAUGUGUGGGUGCAUCAGGAAAAGCACCAAGUCAUUCGCCUUUCUUUUUAUUGAAGACAAGAACAGCGCAAGACGGGGUGUAUACUUUCUGCGAUACAUUGUUGGUGCAGGAAAGGGCAUUUUCAGCUUUCUGUUAUUAUUAAGGCAGCCCACCAGAACAUAGAACUCUGUAGUUUGAGUUUGGAAAAGUGUAGUAAGGUGUCCUUGUAUGUGGUAGCUUAGGGAGGUUCAGCUUUUUGUACAGGCCUUCAAACUAAAUGGAUAACAAAUGUUGUGCUAUGAAAAGGCAGCAGUAAAAUGCUAGACGACGCUAUCAGUGGGGAAGAGAUAAAAGGUCACUUUCAAGAAAUCGCAAGGCAAACGGGAAGAUUUGCGACAAACCAGAAGCGAACAGUAGUGUAAACUGAGGGCAUCGACAAGUGGACUUGCCCCUAUUGAGGUAGAACAGCAGGGCCUUCCAAACUUUUCAGUCUUGGCGAUUCUCACCAGGUUUAAAGCUUUGACAGGGAACUGAACAAUUGCAGAUGGUUACACGUGGUACGUUGCCACAGAUUCGAAGCAGCACAGGCAUCACAGCUGUCAGGCAGUUGGAAGCAAUAGACGCAAUAUGAGAAGCAGCAUACCGGGUGCGGAUACAUUGAUUUUGAUGUUCUCAGAGAAAUGAGAUAUACCAUCUGUGGAAACCACAAGUUUUGGCCAACACAUUUAGGAAAUUUCUUGCACAGGUUAAGUCUACUUGGCUAAACAACAGUGUUAGGUAUGAGGCUGCCCUUGCUCACUUCUGGGUUCUGCCUCAAAAAGGUGCGUGCGUCUUGCGGAAUUUCCCCAUAUUUACUGUUGUCAACAACAAAUGUGGUCACCUUUCUUUGCUAACCCAUUCAAAUUUAUAGUUCCAUGCUAGUAUUAGGAAUACAAUUCGUUUUUGGUUAAAAGUGAUGGUACAGAUCACUUGCAGGGCCAGCUGAAAGAAUAUUGUAAUGUGAUCUUCCUAUUUAAUAAAAUGAGCUGCAUGGGUCACUUCAUUUUAGUUUGAUUAUUAGGACUAAAGUGAUCACCAACAUAACGUGUGCAACUGCGUGAGAUGUCCUAAACUUAGCUGAAACAGACAAAUGUUUUGCUCAAAUAUUGUAUUAGCACUGUAGAUAGUACAGAAACAUAAGACAAGCCGAGAGCUGUCUCUACCAUCUUCUCACUUGCUGCUGGACAAAUGCAUUCGUGCAUGGCAAAAACGGCUUGAACUGUCUCUGCAACCCGAAAACUUGUGUUCAUUGCUUGAAAGCUACAGUUAUUGGUCAAGAAUGUAUUGCCUUUCUUGGCAGAAGGAUCUGAAUCUCUGUUUUCGUUGAGUCUCUUGGUGCCCGUUUUAACUGUGUGUGGUGCAACGGAAGCUGAACGUGUUUCAAAAUACUUUGUUGAUUACAAAAGUAUGGGUUCGUUAGUGAGCAAAGUGUAAGCUAAUGGUCACUGCUUUUAUUGCCGUAGCAAACAAACAAAAAUAAAGCUGUUCAUUGAACAAAUCAAGUUCUCAACGUAUGGUAAAUUCCAUUUCCAUCAUGCCGUGAUACAUCAAUUUUAGUGAACUAGAAGAAAGGGGGUUAAUCGAGGGGCCAGAUUUUUAUUAGUCAUAUCAUAUGACUAGUUGCAAGCAAUACUGCUUGCAACUAGACAAGGUCUUCAGGGUGUGCAUGGUUGAUGCCAUGUGAAAACGCUAUUUUAUAUUGUAGUGUAGUCUACAGCCACAUCUGCUGCACCGAGAUUCUCAGCGUACUGCAUUUUUGUUCACAUAAUUUGCAGCCAUAGAGAAAGUUCGGUUUCGGUUGGGUUUGGGCGCAUACCCAGGUGUACCGGUUAUGCACAAAGUACUGUCUUCAAGCACGACUUUUUGGCAGCGUGACUUUCAUUGCUGCAAAAGACAGAUUUGCCGGUGAAAGGACACACAAAAAAAGGAAGACAAGAGGAGCAGUCUGUUUGUAUCUUAUUAGAGGUAAACAUGUAUUUUGGGCAACUAAGCCAAGAAGCGGUCCUUUUGGCAACGACUUACAGAUACGCACCUGAGCUGCAAAUCUCAACUCGUCAACAGAGAGCUGUAAUUCAGGUGGUAAUGACAUGACAUACGUAAGCAUAAUGUUUAAAGAGCAUUUUUUGUGUAGGCAGAAUGUUGGCUUACUUUUAUAGAAAGAUGUAUAAACAUAGACCCAUAUGCACUUCCAGCACAACUCUUUCCUUCUGAACUGUUUCCUUAAAUACGUACAGCUGCGAUACUUGACCGGUGUUUAAUGCUCUUGCAGCUUUUUAUAUUAUACAGCCGAAAGCAAGGAGCAUGACACUGCUAUAUAGGCUCGCCAUGUCUUGGGACUUUUGAAUUUGUGGUACAAAAGUAGGAGGCAUUGAUUAUAUUACCAGUAUUGCUCUGUUUAUGAUGUGAUUAAUUUUUGUCUGUGCUGUAGGUCAUAUGUAUUGCUUGUACAAUAAACCUCUUGUGCUGCAUAGAACUGAU